GCAGCAGCAGCAGGAGCGGCGGGGCCAUGGUGAGCGCCCUGUAGGAAAGGGCCACAGCCCAGGCACAGGUGGGGCUGGCGCAGGUGCCCACUUGAGCCCAGGACAGUCCCAGAAGCCAGCUUCUGUGAGCCUGGCCCGGGGAGGGGCUGGGUGAGAGGCCCAAGAGGGCCGCCAGAGAUGAGGGACGGCUGGGGCCUGCAGGGCCAGGCCCCCCAGAGCAAAGGUCACAUUUCCCAAGCAGUUAAGGGGGAGUCCAGGCGCUGGGGACAAGGUGAGGCAUGAGGCAGGAAGCGGAGGAGGACCGAGAGCAGGGAGGGUCCCGGAACUUCCUUUCCCAGGCGUCCCCAGGAAUCGCCAGCCCCCUCCCCCCUCCGCGCCAUACCCUCCCCCGCCAGAGAAGGCGCCCCCCGAACCUCCCGUGGAGUCCGUGGCCCCUCCCUGGCCGGCCCCCGCGCUGCGCCCGGCGGCCCCCUCACCUGGUGUCCGUCGCUCAGGGGGCGCGGGCCGGCCUCCCUGCGAGCCCGGCCGGCCCCCGCCGACUCCUGGCCGCUCUCCCGCGGGGGCGAGGCCCGGGGAUGACCAGCCGCCCGCCGCCCACCCUCGGGCCCAUGGCGCUCGGGCCCGCGGCCCCGGCUCGCUCGGUUCCCGGCACCUUUUCCCGGCGCGGUUCGCGGUGGCGGCGGCGACAGGCGAGCGGGUGCGCGCCGGCGGGCGCGCGCGCCGCGGACACGCACGUGGAGGGCGGACGGGGAGGGGCGCGCGGGGAUCCACCCGGGUCCAGGUCGGCUCCUGAGGUCACGGGGACACGCUGCCGCUGCAGCGCCCACGGGUGGCGCCAAGUCACACCCGAGGCCCGGGCCGGCGCGGGCCCGCCGCGCUGUCCCCCAGCGCUGCCGCAGCGCACUCACCCUGGCACAGGCGCGCGCGCCCCCGGCCACCCUGGCGCCCCGGCAUCCUGCACCGCACGGGCGCCCGCCGCCGCGGCGCGAACCUCACUCUGCAGACAGCCAGACAAAGCGCCUGCUCGCGGGCCCCUUCACCAUCUCCCGGAGACGGGCGUCUUUGUCACAUGUCGCUGGGCACCCUCCCCAACACACCCACACAUGCCCACACACCCACACGUCCCUGCACCCACGGGCAGGGCCGAGCGCAAACCCGCACUGUUGCUGGGACCCUUGCGUUCACAGACACACGCUGAAGGUCAUAACCGUUCUGCAUCACCGAGUCACGUGGAGGGUCCCCAACCGGCACGGGGUUCGGCCAUGGGGGGGCUGGGGCGGCGCCCCUGGCAGGGCUGCUGAGGGGUGGGGCCGAGAGGGCUCGGCCUCCGGGCAGACGCCCCGCCCCCGCCGCCCCGCCCUGUCCCCGCUGCCUCUCCCUCCCUCCCCAGCUGCCUCGCCCGCCCCGCCGGCCAGGCGUUCCGGAGCCAACCGGCCUCCGCCUCGGGCCGGAUUGGUCUGCGCGGCGCGGCUUCCCAACCGCCGGGGGCACGCAGUGGGAAGCUGUGCGUCCUCGCAGCGCCUGCGGCCCCUCCCUCCCGCUCUGUCGCCGCCGGGCCAUUUCCCUGGAAGAGCGGCUCGGAACCAGCUCGGCUCAGAGAAAGGGUUCCCGGCGUGAGCCCUGAUCCCCAUGGGCCAGGUGGCAGGAAACUCGGGGAAACCCAAGAUUGGAAUUCUGAUCCUGCCGGCACAACAGUGUAGUCCUGGGCACGUUAUCUGACCACUGAGAACAAGUUCCUCCUGUAGGCCAGGAGAGUUGGAUGGUACAUACUUAAGCAUUUCCUAGGGGCGAGAGGGGGAGGACAGCUGCAGCUUGUGAGGGGCUUACGGGCAGCCAGAAGCCAUCCUAUCACCGCUCACUGGGCCUCAGCUGUGGCGUUUGUAAAAUGAGGGGGAUUCAGUCCUGGUGCAGGUCAACUCUGAUGUGCAGUGGCACCAGCUAUGUUGUUGUUCCUCUUCUCCCCGUCAAAAAUGUUUUCCACCCGGCACAGUGGCUCAUGCCUGUAAUCCCAGCAGUUUUGGAGGCCGAGGCGAGUGGAUCACUUGAGGCCAGGAGUUCCAGACCAGCCUGGCCAACAUGGCGAAACCCCGUCUCUAUUAAAAAUACAAAAAUUAGCCGGGCGUGGUAGUGCACGUCUGUAGGGUUGAGGCAUGAGAAUCGCAUGAACCAGGGAGCCAGAGGUUGCAGUGAGCUGAGAUUGCGCCACUGCAUUCCAGCCUGGGCGACACACUUUGUCUCAAAAAAAAAAAAAGUUUUCAUUCACUGUAAAUAUAGAUGUUUACCAGCGUCCACCAUGGCCACCCAGUGCUGGGAGCUGGGUUCAUCAGGAAGCAGAUGGGCCUGGUUCCUGCCCCCACAGAGCUUACAGUAUGGAGGAGAGGAUGGGCAACCCGACAAUCACAAAGGGGAGACUCAGUGGGGACCCUCCACGUGACUUGGUGAUGCAGAACGGUUAUGACCUUCAGCAUGUGUCUGUGAACGCAAGGGUCCCAGCAACAGUGCGGGUUUGCGCUCAGCCGUGCUCGUGCGGGUUCCUCAGGGGCCUGCGGGAAAGGUGAGCAUCAGCUCUGCCGAGGGUGUGAGGACAGGGCAAAGGCCUCCAAGGGUCCUUCUCACCCUGCGUGCUCGGGGCUCUUUGGAUGGUUUCAUUAGCUGUCUCCCUUCUCCAGUGCCAUGCCUUGGCCCAGGUGAAAUUUCAGCAUCUCUUCAGGAGAGGCAGGGGCGAGGCUCAGGGGCAGACAGGCACAGCACUGCUGGCGGGGCCCCACUCUGUGGUGAGCACCUGACAGGCUGGUGGGGGAGGCACCUUUCCUGUCCAGGCCUCCAGGUUAUAGGAGCCCAGGAGGGAGGGCGAGCUCAGGGAGGUCCGGGUGGCCUUGAGUCCCUGCUGAAGGUGCCGACAGGGAUCAUAAAUAAGUGACACAUGGAGGUGUUUUCUCCGCGGUGGAAGCCAGGGCUGUCGCUACACGGCCACAGGCCAUGCUUUCACAGGUCUUGGAGCACCUCCCACAGUGCUGGCCCGCAUGUCCCCAUGUGGCCGUUUAAGUCAUACUCGCCCUGGCCCAGCCUCAUGUUGUCACCCAGGCAUUUAAUGAGUGGAACCGAGGGCUCCUGUGCACAAAGCACACUGACACAUGCCUCAGGCAGCACCUGCCCCCAAGGGUUCCCAGGCAGACAAGCAGAGGAUGAAGCCGACGGGUGCGCUUGCCCACAGUGGGUUCCUCAGGGGACUGCUGGAAAGGUGAGCAUCAGCUCUGCCGAGGGGGUGAGGACAGGGCGAAGGCCCUUGAGAAGUUCAGGGAGAGCUUCCCAGGCAGGUGCGAAGGUGUGGAGCGCGAGGCAAGUUUGAUGUGGCUGGAGGUGGCCGCAAUGAGGAAGGCGGUGGAGGGCGUGGCCUGCAGAUGCAGAAGAGGUCACAAGGUCCCAAAAUGGCCGCGGUCGAAUCCUCUGGCUGGACCAGUGACAUGGGAGGAGUGGGUGGUGAGGGUGAUGGGAUGCAGGUUUUGGUAACUGGGGGGACAGUGGGGCACCCACUGGGCACAGGAGGACUGGGUGCGCAGGCAGGAAGCUGGCCCUGGACUUGCCGAACUUACACGAGGGGUGAACAAGGAAAGGCCCGGGAGGCAGUUGCACCUCUGGGUCUUGCCCUGGAGGCAGAGCCUGUCACUGGCGCCGCAGCCGUGGGACGGGGCCUCCUGGGGAGCGUGUGGUGUGUGAGGAGCUGGGGAGGAAGAGGACAGGAGAGCCAGAUGGCUUGGAAGCCCAGGGAACGAGCAGCAAGGCGGGAGCGUGCCUGCUGGACUCAGCUGGGAGGAGUGACUUAGUGAGAGUGCCAGAGUGUGGUCUGUUGCGGUCAAGGCCCUCUUUCGGGAAGCGUGGACGGGGGCAAGGGUGACUGCUGUGGGCCACGCGGCUGGAGAAAAAGGCUGAGCCCUGUUCUAGGCUUCGGGGAGGCAGGAGGGGUGGCCUUCAGCACAUGCUUUGAUGUAAACAAGUAUGGAGGGAGCAGGCCCAGCCCGUGACAGCUUAGGGGGCUCUGCCGGAGUGAGGGGAGGGCUGAGGGACGGGGAAGUGCCCCUCUGCAGGGAGGCCCAGAAGCUGUGCUGGCCCAGGGCAGCACCUUCAGCCUUUUCUCUUUCAGCCUUUUCUCCUCUCCCUUCCCUGCCUGUGCUGCAUGGUGACGCCCUCCCACCCGCCUCU